CAACCCGUCAGUCGAGUAGUUCAUCGCGCAACCUGCGGACGUGUUUUUGCUUCCGUGCUGUGGUUCCAAGUUCUUUGAGCAGGGCAGGGCGUUGCCAAUACCCGAGUGACCGACAUUCGGCGGCCAUCGCGCGGGGUCCAUAAAAGGAGCGUGUACCCUUUCGAUUCGGACGAGGUCGUGUGUUUGGCAAAGUUGUGUUCUUAUCAAACAGAUAGCGCGAAUACCCGCGCGACCUGAUAAGGGCUGACGAGCAUAGCUAAAGGAGAAGAAGAAGCCAACCAAAAUCAAUAAAGUGCUCAGGUGAAUGAUUAAUCAGUGUAUGCAACCUGUCUGGGAAGGUUGCCAAGUUUGAGGUUUCCAGCGGAAAUUGUGCAACCUGUAAGCUAUCCGUGGCAUGGGAAAAUGGUUUAGAAAAUAAAAGUUCAUUGUGUUUUGGGCUGAAUUCAAGUUUACGCCGAGGAAAACCCCCACUUGAAGAAAAGUGAAUGGAAAAGGCUAAUCAGAGUCCGUUACACCGCUCGUUGAUGAAUAAUGCAGCACUUCCAGUAGUGAAGUCACUCACACCGUGAAAAAAAAUCAUGCUGGGAUCAUUCAAAUGAGAGCUGCCCGAAAGCCGUAAGAUUAGUCAUCGCAACCUCGAGUACUCGGAGAGCCAUUCCAGCGAACACUACAUGAAUGAGUAACAUUCAUACCUAGAAGCCAACCUCAAUAUCGUCACACGACACACACACACCUCGACUACAGCAGUGCGUCACCAUAGCUAUAGCGCGCUAAUAUGUGACUGUGAAACCGUAAACCGUGUAUUUCGUGAAACAACACACCUGUGAUACCUGUGUUCGUGCAUCUACCGUUAUCAUUAGUCAAACCCACGACGUCAUACCCAAAUAGUGAGCUAUUUCGAAACAAAUUCCACACCUGGAACGUGAGCAGUGCGACAAAAUUACAAGAGUUACUUAACGACCCCGUGUGAGUGUGUCGCGGGCGACCCGAUGUGUAGUUACACCGUUGCGGCCGCAAUCUUCGACGAGGUGUACUUUGAAUAUGGUGGUGGUGGCAGCAAGGUCCAGCCAUCACGGCCGGUGUAGAAGAUCAUGGUGCUGUGUUACUGCGCCGAUACUGCUAAUCUUCUGUACGGUCGUCCACGGGCAGUAUUACACGACGCGAGAUCCCCGGUGGUAUUCGAGGGAAGGCGACUACAACUACCAUCUGCCCAAUCCCGGUGAUCCGGACUAUAGAACAUACACGUACAACAAUCGCCGGUACGGCUAUUAUCAGCCCAGCGGAUACGGUCAGCAAUACCCUGGGCAAAACCUGCCCGGACAGUACCCACAAAACACCGGUCUGGGAGAAGAUCGCUUCAAGUAUGACCCCGCAAACCCGAACAACGUCCAGACGCCGUUCCCGGGAGUUCUGGGCGGCUGGCGGGAAGAUCUCCAGGGCAAGCAACGGCGCGACUGGCAACAGCUGGACCGGGAUGUGCACGUGACGACCAACUACGGCCAGGUCCAGGGCUUCAAGGUGCACCUGUACGACAGCCCCGACCCGAAGUCGUUCUACCGGCCGUGGCACAGUCCGGUGGACCGGAUAAUGGGCACGUGUGCGACGUUCCUGGGAAUUCCGUACGCGCUGCCGCCGACGUUCGAGGGCCGGUUUAAGCCUCCCCGGCAGCAUCGGGGCUGGCAGCUGCUGCAGGCGGUGGACUACGGUCCGGCUUGUCCCCAGCCGGUGCAGUACACGGGUGCUACCAAGGGGAUUCGCGAUAUGGACGAGGACUGCCUGUACCUGAACGUGUUCUCGCCGAAUACCCAAUCCGGCAUCGCCCAAAAAUACCCGGUAAUGAUCUACAUCCACGGGGGUGAAUUCGUUCGCGGCGCCUCCAACACUUUCCCGGGUCAGAUGCUGGCGGCAUUCUACGAGGUCGUCGUAGUCACGUUCAACUACCGGUUGGGUGCACUGGGCUUCCUGUCCACCGGCGAUGAGAACUCCCCAGGAAACUACGGCAUCCUGGAUCAGAUCAUGGCGGUUCGCUGGGUUUACGACAACAUCGAAGCGUUCAACGGUGAUCGUAACUCGAUCACACUGUUUGGACCGGGCGCUGGAGGUGCUUCCGCGGGGUUGUUGAUGGUAGCUCCACAGACGAAGGACAUUAUCACGCGGGUUAUUGCUCAGUCGGGUUCGGCUGUGGCUGAUUGGGCGUUGAUCGUGGAUAAGUACAGGGCGCAGAACACGAGUCGCGUUUUUGGCCAGAUGGUGGGCUGUUCGAUCGAGACUUCGUGGAAGUUGGUGAACUGCAUGCGACAGGGAAGGAGCUUCUAUGAGCUGGGGAAUGCUGAGUUUGCUCCGCACGUGGGGCUGUUUCCUUGGGGACCAGUGCUGGAUAUCAACUUUACGUUUCCUGGCGAUGAGUGGUACGAGGGUUGGAGAGAACGCGAUUGGCACUUUUUGAGAGAGACUCCGGAAGAGCUUAUUCGGAGAGGUCACUACAACCGGGGUUUGCACUACAUGAGUGGUGUGACGCUGCAGGAAGCUGCCUUUGUGAUAUCCCAGAAUGAGACGCUUGCUCCGUACUUUGAGGUUGAUCAGAAGUUCUUCGAGCAAAAAGUGUGGGAGCUGGUGUAUCGGUACAACUACACGAUCAACCUGAACGGAACGUACGAAGCGAUCAAGUACAUGUACACGUAUUGGCCAGAUCCGAAGAACACCACGUUCAUACGGGAGCAGUACAUCAAUCUCCUAUCGGACUUCCUGUACCGCGCCCCAGCGGACAAGAUGACAAAACUGCUGGUAGAACGCAAAGUCCCCGUGUACAAUUACGUCAUGAACACCACCAUCGAGGGCCUCAAACUGCCCGAGUGGCGCAAGGUUCCGCACGACAUCGAGCACUACCUACUCACCGGAGCACCCUUCAUGGACGUGGAGUUCUUCCCGAAAAAGGCUCGCCUCGAUCGGCUCAUGUGGACCGACAACGAUCGUAACAUGAGUCACUUCUUCAUGAAGACGUACUCGGACUUUGCCCGGUACGGUAACCCGACGCCCCAGCAGGUCCUGGGACUGCACUUCGAGAAGGCCAUCAACGGCGAGUUGCGCUAUCUCAAUCUAAACACGACGUACAACUCGUCGAUCAUGAUGAACUUCCGCCAGACGGAGAGUGCCUUCUGGACUCAGUACAUCCCGACAGUGGUCGGCGUCCUCGUCCCGACGUACCCGCCCACGACCGAGUUCUGGUGGGAGCCGACGGAACCGCUGCAGAUCGCCUUCUGGAGCAUGUCGGCGGCCUGUCUGUUUCUGAUCGUGCUGGUGGUAAUCUGCUGCAUCCUGUGGCGCAAUGCAAAGAGACAAUCUGACCGCUUCUACGACGAGGGGGUCUUCGUGGUGGAUAACCCAGAGUCUGAGCGCGGCGACGUCGGCAUCGACAACAACGUGCUGCAGGCGCAACCCCUGCGGCAAAACAUCUACGAGUACCGCGACUCCCCGUCCAAAUACGGCAAGCAUCCGCCGCCCACCGACGCCGGUUCCAUCCGGUCGCCCAGUUCGCUCGGCACGAUGCAUACCACCGGCAAGUCCAUCUCGGGCAGCCAAAGCUCGCUACGAAGCGCCAUCUCGAUGAAGGAAGUAUCGGUGAGUCCGGCGCCGCGGUCCGAAACCAACUUUGACCGGAACAUCCGGUACGCCGAGCGGGGUGUCGACACCGAAGUGCAGAAGAACGGAGGUGGGAAAUACCAGCGCUCGGACUCCAAGGGCGCACUCAACGACAAGGCACGGGAGUUUGCCACCAGCACGCCCAUCGAACCCGUGUCCCGAUCUCAACAACCGACGCCGCAGCCGACCACGGGUCGCGGUAGUCGCGCCGGAUUCGACCGAAGCAACAACGCCAGUCGAACGAACUUAAUCGAAGGAAUUCCACAAACUGAAGUUUAAGCACGUAAUAUUAGCGUAAUUUUAAAAUUGUUUUAGCUAGAAUAAUUGACCGGUAACGCCCGCCGUUACGGAAUGCCACGCGUCCCCAUCACAAACAAUCGUAUAACAGAUCAACCUUGAUAAUCGCAACAUAUCAGGUUAGGUUCUUUAGGUAAGCUCUAGGAUUAAAAAAAAGUAAACACCCGUACUAUUUAAUUUAAAUCGAAAUCUACAAUAGAUUGACCGCAGUCUUUACGUGUAACAGAUAGCACCAAGUGCCUUAAAGUUUACAAAUUUUCAUACAACUUAAACACAAACUAGCCCGUAAGCACAAUUAGAAAUAUACAAAAAAAAACGAGACUCACAAACUUUUGCAGCCAACCUGGUUUGGAGUCGAAUACGUACUGAAAGUUUAGUGUUUAGUUACAUGUUUAUUGUUUAGUAUUAUAUGUAUUACAUGUAGUUUGUACAAAAGUGCAACCUGAUUGUCCAUGUUUCAGUGUUUCCGUCCAAUUUCGUUUUUAAGUGUGUACACUGUGUCAUCCGUGUUGAAUCGUACGUGUUGUCCAGUCCAUUUUAGUUUUUUAAAACCCCUAAUUUUAUCAAACUAGCUGUAAGCAUUUUAGUUACUUCUUCACCUUUCUUGUUCUGUCGCUCCAACCGCGCGUGGAAAUAAUCAAAGCAAAGGAAAUUUAGGCCAAACUGUGCAAAUAUUACGUUUACUCUUAACUUUACCUUACUAAGUUGACUCCUGUAAAUAACUUAUCAAACAUCCUACUUCGUCUCAUUCCAUUACAAAAUUCAACAAACGCUUGCUUUCGCGCUUUCGUUAAGGUUUCACGUUAGAAACACUACUGGUAAGAGUUUAUUUUAGCAAAAAAUAAA